CUUGCUAAUGGGCCCUGUCUUCUUGUCUAGAGAAGGUUAAGCACCACAAAUCUAGUUCAACUUCACAGGACAAGAUUCCCUAUUCUCACUUGCUGUAGCGGCUUUCCACGGAGAUCAGCACUAGCGCGGUCUCUCUACGUGACUGUCCCUGUCAUCCUUAAACAAGGGGAUGAGUAAUUGAGAACUGUCGCUUUCGUACAGCUUUCCACACGUUCUAAGAGGCAAACACCAGCAAUUCACCGCUAAGGAUGUAACCAUCCGUCCUGCAAACAUGGUCGAACAAAAAUAAAACUGAAGGAAACCAGCUUGGUAGAGUUACUCGGACAGAGAGACCUUCUGUAGCAUAUAAAACCAAGAAAUACGAUACGAGGUGUGAUGGGAAGGCGCGGUUGACGACUCGGUUUGAAACGUACUGCAAUAAGAGACAUCGCCACCGGUCGCUCUCUACGCCCUUCCCGCCCCGUCCAACCCGCGCAGCCUCGUCCUGCCCGCUGCCCCGGAAGUCCUGGAGCCCAAGGAGCGCUCAUGGCUGCGCCUCGCAAGGCGGUGAUCGUCCCCGGGAACGGAGGCGGGGACGUGGCCACCCACGGCUGGUACGGCUGGGUGAAGAGGGCGCUGGAGCAGAUACCUGGUUUCCAGUGUUUGGCUAAAAACAUGCCUGACCCAAUUACAGCCCGGGAGAGCAUCUGGCUGCCCUUCAUGGAGACGGAGCUGCAGUGUGACGAGAAGACCGUCAUCAUAGGCCACAGCUCAGGCGCCAUCGCAGCCAUGAGGUACGCGGAGACACAUCGUGUCUAUGCUAUUGUGUUAGUCUCUGCAUACACCUCAGACCUGGGGGAUGAAAAUGAACGUGCAAGUGGAUACUUCAGCCGCCCCUGGCAGUGGGAGAAGAUCAAGGCCAACUGCACUCACAUUGUGCAGUUUGGCUCUACGGACGACCCUUUCCUUCCCUGGAAGGAGCAACAGGAAGUGGCAGACAGGCUGGGGGCCAAGCUGUACAAAUUCACUGACCGCGGCCACUUCCAGAACACAGAGUUCCACGAGCUGAUCAGUGUGGUGAAGUCAAUGCUGCAAGCGCCCUCGUAGUUGAGACGGCUCCUGCUGUCCGCAUCCCAGGGGAGGGAGGGCAGCGAUACUGUAUCUGUUACCAGGCGUCACACAUUGUUAGGGACCAGAAGUGCCUGAAAACACACGUUUCUACCGGCACACUCAGUCCCAAACAGCAUUUCCACAGAAUCUAAAUCUUCCCACACUGCUGUGAACUACAGCAGUACUUCUUCCAUGGAUAAGGGACCUAAGGAGUUUAAUUGUCCUUAUUUAUCUGAAGAGUCAAUCAGAAAUGGAACCAAGGUUUCCUGGUGUCAGUCCAGGUAAAAACUGUACAAGUUUUCACACGUGUUGGAGACCUAUAAUCUUUUCCUUGUAGAAAUAAAACUUUUUUUAUUAGGGAAAGGAAGUGUGAAUAAAGGCCCAGAGAAUCGGCUUAGAGCUCAGAACACAACUGCUGUUUCAGCUGGCCCAAGAUACUAAACCCUUCACCAGUGACACUGCGCCCUGACUCGGCUCCUUCAGACAGGGUGAGAGACCCCAACCAACAGGCUGAGUCAGAC